AUGUCAUACGGGAAUAUAGUAGGCCAGAUAAGGGACAUCCUAGAUAACAGAGACCUUAAUGGGCUAAUAGAUGCAACAAUUAGAUAUUCUCGACGCCAGCGGCGAGAGAUCUCGCACCAUUAUGAAGAGUCAUAUGUAUCAAGUUUUUCGCCAGGGAAGGAAGAAGAAGCCACGCAGCCCCUGAAAACAAGGAGAACAGUGUCAGAGAAAAUGAGAAAGAACUACUUGUCAGAUGCUGCGGAUACCAUCUUAUCUGUAGAAGAUACGGGGGUCAUCCGACGUGAUCUAACUGUAACAGAAGCACGGAUGUUAGACUUAGCGACGAUGGUGGCAGCAAGUAGCUAUUCACCAGUGCUUGCAGAAGACAUAGGAAAGUGCUUUAGAGGUGACGUGGGGGCUCUUCUUUCUUACUGGUGGUCAGACCCACUUGAUUUACAAUGCAGACUUCUCCACGAUGCUUUGCGAGGAAAGGGGUGGCACGAGUAUGUAGUCUCGAUGUGUGUGUUUAUGUGCCGGACAGAGGUUGACUGGCUGCGUCUCUGCAACACUUGGCAUGCUAAGCACGGGACCGACCUUCGUGAACACGUUUACAAAUGGGCGAAUCCAAAACGCUCAGGGCAUUCACUAGUGCUUUCGUGGCUGACCUACGAUAAAAUCACGUCUCCAAGUGCAGAUGCAGAUGCACUGACAAUCAAGGAGGCUCUUGAUAGGUCGGAUCCCGACUUUGAUUCUAUAAUCAGGGUUUUUGGUCUCAGAUUGCCUGAAGAGUGGAAGGUAAUCGUAGCUGCAUACAAGAGAAGGUUCGGACACACUUUAGAAGAGGCCCUUGCCUCGAUUCGAUCUAAGCAGAAAGACAAGAUCUUCUUUGCCCUAGCACAUGCCUCACUUCUGGGGCCAACUGCAUUCACAUGCUCUGUCCUUGAUAUUGCUGUACAGAAUAAGGCAUCUCCAUCGUACUUUGCACUGAUAGCAGGGGCCUUCUGUGAUGCUGCCCUGAGAGGGGACGACGUAUACGCAGACGAACUCUAUAGCACUCUCACGCGCUACCCGCGGCAGUUCACGGAGAUAUUCGUGAGCUUGUGGACGGCGGCGCCAUAG